AGUCAGUUGCAGUGGUCCGGGCACAGCGACAACAGCUAACGGCUCCGAGCUUCACCGUGAGCUUCCAUUCCGUCGAACGGUCGCCUUCACCUUCUUAAUACGCUCUUCGCUCGACCUGUCCUUCUAUCGCGGUUGCAUUUCUUAGACAACCGCAAACACGGAUUACGACAAGUGUUACCUGUGAGUGUUCUGUGGAGAUCUUGCUCCUGUUUGGGAUAUCAUUUGGUGCAACAACAAAAUCCUACUAGAACUCCAAACACCUUCACGGUGGAUGUGAACUGUUGAACUGUGAACUUGAAGGCAAUAUCCCAAUACGCGCCAAGUUAUAGUAUGUGAUGCGUGCAGUGGUGCUCAGUGUGUCUGUGCCUGUUUGCUAAAUAGCCACUAGUGAUAGUGUUCACUAUCGAAACCGGGACUGGAAGAUUGACGUGUAGCGUUCGUUAACAGCGUGUAGUGUAUCGGCCGCCAUCUUCCCGCCCAAAACUUCGAUCAAACGUUCUGCAAAAUGUCCGCCACGAUAGCGCAGGCAGAUGGCCUCAACAGCAAUGCCAACAUCAUCUCACCAAUCAACAUGUUCUACUUCCUGCUCGGUCCUGCCCUGCUGUUGUGGUUCUUCUACUGGCGGCUAUCGCGCCGCCACAUGCUAGAGCUGGCGGAAAAGAUACCCGGACCGAAAGGACUCCCGCUGCUAGGCAACGCACUCGAUCUGGUGGGCAGUUCGCACUCCGUGUUCCGUACAAUUAUCGAGAAGGGCAAGGACUAUAACGAGGUGAUUAAAAUUUGGAUCGGACCGAAGCUGAUCGUCUUUCUGGUGGACCCGCGCGAUGUCGAACUGCUCCUGAGCAGCCAUGUGUACAUCGACAAAUCGCCCGAAUACCGCUUCUUCAAGCCCUGGCUGGGUAACGGACUGCUCAUCAGCACCGGACACAAAUGGCGUCAGCAUCGCAAGCUUAUUGCACCGACCUUCCAUCUGAACGUGCUGAAGAGCUUCAUCGAUCUGUUCAACGAAAACUCCCGUCUCGUGGUGAAGAAGAUGCUGAAGGAGAACGGCAAAGCCUUCGACUGUCACGACUACAUGAGCGAAUGUACGGUAGAAAUUCUGCUCGAAACUGCCAUGGGAGUGUCGAAGAAGACGCAGGAUCAGUCCGGCUACGACUACGCGAUGGCGGUGAUGAAGAUGUGCGACAUUCUGCAUCUGCGCCAUCGUAAGAUGUGGCUGUACCCGGACCUAUUCUUCAACCUGACGCAGUACGCGAAGAAGCAGGUGAAGCUGCUCGACACCAUCCACAGCCUGACGAAGAAGGUGAUCCGCAACAAGAAGGCUGCCUUCGAUAAGGGUACGCGCGGUUCGCUGGCGACCACCUCGAUCAACACGUCUGAAAUCGCCGAGAAGCCUAAGAGCGAUGCCGGCAAAACGAGCACGGUGGAGGGUCUGUCGUUUGGACAGUCCGCCAACCUGAAGGACGAUCUGGACGUCGAGGAGAAUGAUGUGGGCGAAAAGAAGCGUCUAGCGUUCCUGGAUCUGCUGCUGGAGAGUGCGGAGAACGGGGCGCUCAUCUCGGAUGAGGAGAUCAAGAAUCAGGUCGAUACGAUUAUGUUCGAAGGGCACGAUACGACGGCUGCGGGCAGUAGCUUCUUCCUGUCGAUGAUGGGCGUACAUCAGCACAUCCAGGAUAAGGUGAUCCAGGAGCUGGAUGACAUCUUCGGCGAUUCGGACCGUCCGGCCACGUUCCAGGACACGCUCGAGAUGAAGUAUCUCGAACGGUGCCUGAUGGAGACGCUGCGCAUGUAUCCGCCGGUACCGAUCAUUGCCCGUUCGCUCAAGCAGGAUCUGAAGCUGGCGUCGAGCGAUCUGGUGGUGCCGGCGGGCGCUACCAUCACGGUGGCGACCUUCAAGCUGCACCGGCUGGAAUCGAUCUAUCCCAACCCGGACGUGUUCGAUCCGGACAACUUCCUGCCGGAAAAGCAAGCCAACCGCCAUUACUACGCGUUCGUACCAUUCUCGGCCGGUCCAAGGAGUUGUGUUGGGCGCAAGUACGCGAUGCUGAAGCUGAAAAUCAUUCUCUCCACCAUCCUCCGUAACUUCCGCGUCCAUUCCGACCUGAAGGAGGAAGACUUCAAGCUACAGGCCGACAUCAUCCUGAAGCGGGAGGAAGGCUUCCAGAUCCGUCUGGAGCCACGCCAGCGCAAGGCAAAGGCGCUGUAAGGAUCGGACCACACGAAAAACGUUCCACGGGAGCUUCCUGCCUGCUUGAUGGCGCCUGCCGGACGAUACCAUUCAAUCGGCAGACUAGAGGCAGACAUGUUGAUUGUGGCCAAGUCAUAUCGGGUGGUUGAGGACCAGGCACGCCUUGGAUCGCUUGAAAAUCUUCGUGGUGUUUGCGUUUGUGCUUUUUGAUUUUAAAAUAUUUUCAAAUGGGAUUUAAUUCGGAGAAAUUAAACUUAAAUCAUCUUUUACUCAUAACAACAACAAAAAUAGAACAGUAACGCCCUCGGAUCUUCGCAAAGGUUGGUGGUUGUUGUAGGGUUGUUUUUUUUCCCUUUUUGUUCUUCUUUAUUCUUUUGCGAAGACAAGCAAAAAAAGGCCUCCCCAGAACCCACAGGAAACAAAAAAAAAAAAUUGGUGGAAAUUUGCUUUGCUGCGGCUGCUUUGCCGGAAGACAGACAGUUGUUCACACAGGCAGAGGGCGUAUGAAGCUGUAGUUUUUUUUCUGUUCUAUUUGCAACCAUUUUUUUUUUGUAAUUAAGGGGAAAGUAAGCGAUUGUUAUUCAUAUAUAGAUAUAUUCAUAUGUGUAUAGAUAUAUGCAUACAUAAAUAUGUAUCUAAUUUAAGAGCGCAUAUGUUUGUGUAUGUAUAUAGCAUGUAUUGACAAAUAUUUGUAUGUGUGUGAUAAAACAAGAUCAAAUAAAAAAAAAAAAACAAAUCAUA